UGGUAGAACUGGUUGACCAGAACCACAUCCUCAGUCAAACUCUCAUAUGUCCGACCUGCGUCUAGAUAGUUCAUUCAUUCACCAAUGUUUCCUACGCGGGUUCUCCUGAAGCGAUCAGUGUGGAAAGGUCCUAACAUUGUCCCUCUCCCGAUCGUGCGAACGGGACCGGGCCAGGCCACCGCACCUCCAGUUAAAACACACGCUCGCUCCGCAACAAUUCUGCCAAACUUCGUCGGCCUCAAGUUUCAAGUGCACAAUGGAAAGAUCUACCACGAGUUUACAGUGACGGAAGACAUGGUCGGACACAAACUCGGCGAGUUUUCGCCCACGAGAAAACGAUUUAGCUACACGAAGACGAAGAAUAAGUGAGCGGAAGAUGCUAAUGCCCGAUAUUGCUGCAUUACGGUGGAGUUUCUUGAUUGUCCUAGGAGAAGCGUAUGGUUGAGGAGGGCGCAGUAACUCAAAAGCCUAGAAUAAAGCGGCACGAGAUCAUCUGUAGAAUCCAUACAAGUGAACUCAAAGAGAAAAGUUCUCGCAGCAAUGUCUCCGGUCCGAAAACAAGAGAGAUGGACGUUAUGCAUGAUAUAGAACGGAACACUAACAGGAAUGGCAUGUACACGUAUUGGUAUCAACUACGUGGUAGUAGAAUGUAUCAUUAGAAGCACGUGUCAUGCUCUUGGGGUAUCACAAUUAUUCAAGUCUUAGCACCUCGGUG